UUGUGAGGUAUGUUUCAGGUUGUAGACACUGCCCAGCACUCUUUAUAGAGGGAGGUGAAUUCUACUUUUGUUUCCUGAACAAAUGACACAUCACUUCUCUGGUAACAGCAAUAUACUUUGCAACCGAGAAGAACAAUAAUGGACAGGGACGCAUGGAGAAAAAAAUUUGAGAUUGAUUUAGAAAACAAAUGGAUCUCUGAUGUGUGGAACUUCUCUGUGGAUGAACAUUACCAGGAACGGAUGGGAUGGCUGCAGUAUGGACAACGUUGUUAUGCCAGGUUUUAUUGCAAAAUCUGUCGUCGCUCCUGGGGUUCUUCAAAGGUUCACAUUUCAUUCCACAUGAGACUGAAAAGACCAACUGGGGCAGUGAGGAUGUAUGUUUGCAAGCAAAAGUGCAACAAGUGCACAGCUGCCAAGUAUGAGGAGCCUACUUUCCUGGUACAGAACAUUGAGAUAGCUAUAUGCAAUUUGGUUAAUAAAAUAACCCAGAAAUUUUACAACUUGCAUAUGGACAAUUUGCCACGGAGCUUUGUGACAGAUGGCAUGCAGGAUGGUCCUCAUGACUACAGCAACUGCGAGGGCUGUGCAUUGGGGAUUUGUAACAACUACACAGACAUCCAAUAUUCUGACAAAUUGCAAAUUUUCACAAAGAUAACCAAUCAAGGAAGUAAACAGAUGGAGACCAAAUUUCCUAACCCUAUCACGUUCUCUUAUCAACGUUUAUCGCAACCUCAGAGAUCAGCCUAUUUGGAUAGGCCAGAAACUGGAGUGAAACUAUUGUGGAUUGUACUAUUGAUUGUUUGUUUAUUAGUGAUUGUAUGGUUGGCUUCACUUUAUUCCUAAACCAACACAUGAGCAAAGUGAUCCAUCAGAACCCUAUUGUAUAAUACUGUAAAGGAAUUAGUACACAAUGUUGCACAAUAGUAACAAAAUUACAAAAUUCACCAAUCAGAACAGCUUUUCAGCAAAACAGAACAGCAUAAAUGAUGUUUGAUUUAGGCAAAUAAUGUUAACAUAGUCUCCUAAAUGGCCUUACUUUCAUUUUUUUCACACCAUUUCAUGAUGCUUUAUCUGUAGCCUAUAAUAAUGGGUUAGUAUAGUUAAAGCAAAUAUUUUAGUUUUGUGAAUGACGUUGACAAGUGAAGUUACCUGCUUUUCUAUCAUCUCUGGGACUUCAGUAGAAAGUGCUUCAUACCAUUGUUUUCAGCUCUGCUACCUUUUCUUGGAGUCUCCCUAGGAUGCAUUAAGGUGAAAAAACAUUUACCUUUUCAACCUCUUUAAGUCUAUUGUUAACCAAUAUUUCCUUUAAAGUUUUAGUGAUGUUCAAAGGUGUCCUAUGAUGUCUAUCAAGCAUUGAAAGGAUGAAGGAUGGAGAAGCUGGACACCCAGCCCUCCACCUCCCAAUUCCCCAUACACACGUUCUCACUACUCAAACUUUCCAUUGUUUUAUGUGCCUAGGAAACUUUGGGGAAGGAGUUCCUUGUUAUGAGCAGCAAUGCCAGUGUUUUUUUCUUACUUUUGUUUACCUGCAUUCAUGGUGAAUUUGUUAGGGAUCCCAUGGCCUCUAAAACCAAUAAAGCAGGGUGCAGGUAGGGGGUGCAAAAAAACAACAAUGGGGGAUGCUGAUCAGUCCAGUGCCCAUCAGCAUAGCACCAGCGCUAUGGGAGGAGCAGUUCUUGAGGAACCCCUUAUAAAGUCCCCACAGUGCUGAUGAGCUUGUAGGCUGAUAUCAGAUUAACUGGGUCUGCACCUGUAUUAAAACACAGGUUCAGCACUCUAUGCAUAGAAUAAUUGCAUUUUCAGCAGAAAAUAAAAUAAUUUGACACCUGAAACAAGGCCCUUUUUUGUAAGAAGGAUAGGUUCAGCUGGUGUUGGCAGCAGCUCUGGGUGUCUGGUGCUACAGACACCCAGAAACAGUACAAGCAGGUUUGUCCUAAACUUGUAUUCCGCAAGGCAGCAAAGAAACAUUGCUUCAAUGCAGGUGGACUUUGCACAGAAAGUCCACGGCAUAAAACAAACAAAACAUUUGCUUAUCUGAGCAACUAACAUAACUCAGAUCAGUUCAUGACUAACAGGGUGCCAAUGGGUUCUCCAAAACAAACAGGCAGCACUUGUACAUUUUUAGUGUUCUGUCAGCUGUUAGAGUCUUCACCCAGCAGCAGGCUCCAACAGCAGAGAGAGUGGGAGAAAGAGCCACGAGCAUUGGUCAGCUCACAUAUAUAAAGGUCUUAACACAGCUGAGACCAAUAAUGAGGUCUGGCACCCAUGCAAGAUGUGAGCAUAGGAAUGGAGGCUAUAUCCCACUAAAAGCUCUAAAAAGUCUCUAGGCUCCAGGACACAGCCCAGAACUUAAUAAAAAAUUGAGAAAACAAAAGUUUGUUUUCUCCACAUCAGGAGCCAGUUGCAAAAUGUAGGUGAGAAACCUAUGUGACACAUACACUCCAUCAACAAUUUUGGCAGUCAGUGCCUCACAUAUAUAAAUAUACUGUAAAAAUAUACAAACGAUUUAUAUAAUUUCUGAUAAAAACUGAAUACUGUAUAACUGAGUUGAGAUAAAUCAUUUUUAUACAUCGUAUAGUUUGUUCAAUGUUGUAUCAUUUUAUAUGAUUUCACUACUUUGUAUAAUUGAUUGGGUGUACUAUAGACAGAAUUAUUUUACUAUAUUCAUACUUUCUUUUUAAUUUCACAACAAAUAUAUAGAACAUAUAUACAACAUAGAGUACAGCACAACAUAUUAUAUACCAUGAAAUAUAUGCACAAAUACUUUCUUUUGAAGAAAAAAAAAAUCAAAUUUUUUUAGUAAAUAGGGUCAGUAAAUAUGGUGAAGCUGCGCUCACUUCAGUCAUCCAAUCACGUGCAGACAAAAAUAUUGCUUUGCUAAGUGAGCAUCCUUUUCAUCUUUUAGUUUAUAAACCUUAUAGUAUAAGUACAUAGCAUAUAAUGUAUGUUUAGUAAAACGUUUAUUCAGUAAAAACAAUUGCAGAGGACCUAAAGUUUUUUUUUAAUCUUAUUUAGAUAUGCAGAAAGCUAAGUAAUCUUGUCAAAAUUUGUGUUAAUAUAUGAAAUAUUGUUAUACAAUAUAGUAAUGUGCUUUACUGAUUUAUGUGAAGUGUAUUUCAUUAUGAUAAGUCUAUGUAAAUAACAUGGUAAUAAAUUGUGUGCGAUCUCAUGAGUUGACUUGUGAAUAAAAAUCUAUCCAGUUACAGUAUAGCAAUGGAAAAAUAACCAUUGCUUACACAUAA